CGCGCGUGCUUCCAACGACCGGAGUGCCACGUCGCUCCAUGUGCCUCGCGAGAUCCACACGAUGACACGGCUUCUUGGAUCGUCGCAGACCGGACUAGCCAAGCCAAGCCAGCGAGCAGCAGGGUCUGCAGGGAAGGGGAAGGAGGCGGCGGCACGCAACUUUGAAGCCAAAUCCAUCGAGCGUCGUGCCGUGCGCCUGACCUGACCUCUCGCCGAUCCAAGGGGCGGGGGGAGUCCGAGCUCGAUCUCCAUGGCGACCGGCAAUCUGGGGAGCGUGGUGGUGUCGGUGGACGGCAGCGAGGAGAGCAUGAACGCGCUGCGGUGGGCGCUCGACAACCUCCGCCUCCGCCCCGACGGCGAGUUCGCCGUGCUCCACGUCCAGCCGCCGCCCAACAUCGCCGCCGGGCUCAACCCGGCGCCCAUCCCCUUCGGCGGACCCAGCGGGUUGGAGGUGCCGGCGUUCACGCAGGCCAUCGAGGCGCACCAGCGGCGGAUCACGCAGGCCAUCCUGGAGCACGCCCUCGAGAUUUGCUCCGAGAAAAAUGUGGAGGUGAAGACGGAGGUGAUCGUGGGUGAUCCCAAGGAGAAGAUAUGCGAGGUGACGGCCAACCGCAACGCCGAUCUGCUCGUCAUGGGGUGCCGAGCCAUUGGGCCGCUCAAGAGGAUGUUCUUGGGGAGUGUGAGCAACUACUGCAUCAACCAUGUGGGUUGCCCUGUUGUUGUGAUCAAGGGGACUUGAGGCCUUGAGCUACCCUCGAUCAAGUGUUUUGAGGUUGCUAUUGUGUCAUUUGUAAUCCUGUACAAUAUUGGACAUUUUGCAUCUGAAGACCAUGCAUCACAUUUGUCAGUCUGCUGCCGAGGGAGGAGGGUUGCUCUGUGAUCUCCGUUGUAAAGGAAAAUGUGUCCUGGUUCUGUAAUCGUUGAAAUAAGACUGCCCUGUGGGAUAUUGUUCUGUAUAUUCUUGUAUUUGUUGGGGAUACACAUUGUGCUGCCUGAACUCUGAACAUCUCAAAAUUGCCAGAAUCCCGGUUUUUGUA